AUUUUGCAGCAUAAACCAAAACAAGUUGCGUGCCCUGAAGCCACUUUGAACAAAGGAUACGUAAGCGAAAUAAAUUGAACUCACUGGUUCCAGAUCGUUGUAAUAGAGAAAAUGAACAGGAUUAUGAAAACUCACCAAAGUGUGUAACGAAAAAAAAUCUCACGGAUGCAUUGCUAUAUUUGACAAAGAAGGAAUAUAAAAUAAUAGUUAGAUGUGAAUUUUGGUUAAGUUCACUGCUUCUACAAUGCUAUUUGGUUCACACAAAAAACUGAAUAACAGAAAAAAAACAAAAACCAGGCAUGUGCAAGAGCAGAAGUGUAAAAGAUGGACCAAUAAAAACAUUUUAAUCAGAUUAGAUAAAAAGUUUCCAUCCGCUCAAGCUGUUUUCAAAAAUGCACGGAAUGAGCUAGAAAACAUAUUAAAAAGCAUCAGUGAAUUGAUAGAACAACUGCCGGACAAAGUUUGCACACAAGAACAGGCAAUCAUUAAUACUACUACUAAAUCUAAGCAAGAUGGACAAAGUGGUUUGAUGCUGCUCAGUGAGGACACAAAAUCUUUAGCACAAAUAGUCAGUAAAGAAGUGGUAGACGAUGAAAUAGAAAGCUUUCAGUCAAAGAGUAAGGGGGUUGACAGAAACAGGAGUGAUUUUCGAAACGAUCUUUAUGGGGAAAUUAAAAAAAUUAAAUCUGAAGACGAAGAUAAAUACCAGGGAUUCGUUAACAGUCUUUACACUAUAGUAGAGCAUCCAUCAAGUGUAUGUGGUAUCUCUUGGCCACGACUUAAUGAGGAAAAAUGGAGGUUGUGUACUUUUUUCAAAUACCCACAAAACGCUGCCAAAUCUGCCAUUUUAUUAGCUGCUGAUGGCUUUGUUUACCUGGGAAGUGGUAACGAUUUAGAUGACAGUGUCAUGUGUCACUUCUGCUACAAAGUUAAAAAUAGAUGGCAACCUUUGGAUGAUAUUCCUGAAGUACAUAAACAGUUAUCUCCCGAUUGUUCAAUGGUGACUCAAAUUAAUUGUUCAAACAUCUCAGUGAAUACAAACUUGGAUUUCUCUCUUUUUGAUCAACUUCUAAAUUCAAAGCAAAGCAGAAAUAGACCAGAAGACACUAGACAUAAUGAAAUAGAAACUGGUGAAGCUUUAGAGAACUAUAAGAACCCAGGAGAAAAUAUUGAACCAGACGGCACCACCCUUCCAAGGGAAAGAUAUAAUAAUAAUUAUACGCAGAUAACAAGCAGUUCCGAACAGUCGACACCAACUAGAGAAAUCCCAGCAGUUACAGCAUCACAAAGUGAGACUUCAGGAGCAUCCCCUAGAGUAACAACCACAACAAGUUCAGCUAGUUCUAAUUUGACAUCCUCUAACUCUACUCCAUCCCUGCAUAUAACCUCAGCGACUGCUUCUAACACAUCUACAACUGUCAGUACAAGUCAAACAAAUAUUGAAGCAGGUCCUAGUUUAUCUGCUAUAUCAACAUCAGACCCACCAGAAGUUGUAACUCAAACAGUGUCAGCCAAUAGUCAAAACUCUGCCAAAGGAAAUGCAGGUGGACCAACGUAUUCUGAUCUUGGCAUUAUAACAGAACGCCCCAAGAGAUUUGAAUAUGCAGUGCUUGCUAAACGAAUGGAGACAUUUACAUCCUGGCCAAGAGAUCAUCAUUUGAGCCCUAAAGAACUUGCAGAAGCUGGAUUCUAUUAUGCAGGUUAUGGAGACUGCGCUCGCUGCUUCUACUGUGGUGGAGGUUUACGCAACUGGGAAGAUGAAGACGAUGUCUGGGUGGAACAUGCCAGGUGGUUUCCUAAAUGUGCUUACAUCCGUCAGCAAAUGGGACAAGUAUUUGUGGACACCAUUCAAGAUAUGAACAAAAGUUUUGACCAUAUCUCAAUGAAAAUGGUGAUGGAUAAAAUUGGAGACGCAGCCUCGGCUUUUCAACUUGAUUCCAAAGACAGUCCAUUAAAAAGAGACCCAGCUGUUAAGACCAUUGUGGACAUGGGAUAUCCCUUGGCUGAAGUUAUUACCACAGCCGAGGCAAUCAAAGAAGAUGGAAAUAUAUUAUCUGCGGAUAAAAUUUAUGAGAAGUUGGUGGAACACAAAGUAAAGAAAAAUCCAUCAAAAAUGAUUGAACGAGCAGCAGAAACAAUGGCAGGUGUGUCUGACACUUCUCUUAAUGCGAAUCUUGGUCAGUCUAAAUCAGAUAUUGAGGAGUUACCUCCACAAAUGUUGUGCAAAAGCUGCCAUAUACAGAAAAGCUGCAUUUGCUAUUUUCCUAGCAACCAUGUGAUUAGUUGCAUUGAUUGUGGUUUUAGAGUACCCAGGUGUCAGCUUUGUAAAUGUCUUGUGAUAUUUUUAAAACUCGUUCAUUGGUAGACUAAAUAUAAAGGCUAUUUGGGAAAUUGCUCCGUGUCUAAUUUAGUGAAUUUAAGAAAAUGAUUUGACGGUUUAGAUUUUCUUAAAUGGUUGGUACAGAAAUAGACUUGUUUUGUUUUGCAAAUAUUUAAAUCUUGCUAAAAAACAACAACAACAACAUACAUUUCAUUUUUUUUUACCUAGAUUAAUCAUUUUGCUUUGAUAUCAAGGAACAUUUUCAGUUAAAUCAUAUUGUAACACUUUUUUCUAACAUUCUUUCAUACAAUUUUUUAGCUCUGCAGUUAUAAAGAGCUAACAAAAAAGAUUUAAAAAAAAACAAGAAAGUAAAAAAUACUGUUUUUAAAAAAGACAAUUUCUCCUUUACAGAACUUAUAUCGCGUUUAUUUUUCUUUAAAACUAUUGAUAAAUUAAAGAAAGAAUCCUGGUUAAGCGAAUAUAGAAAUCUACUAGACUUGAUUCUAAAUUUAGAUCUAAACUUAAAUGGCGGUGCACAAAAAUUUUCAGGAACAUUUUUUUUUAACUCUACAUGCCUGGAUGCAAAAAUACCUGAUGAUGUAGUCUGCUCAAGAUUAUAUUUUCUAGUCCUCUAGCCAAUUGUAAAUUUUUUAUACUUAAGAAAAUCAUAGAGUUUAAACUAUAUAGUUUUCCUUGUGUGGCUGGCCAACAAGCUACUAAUUGUUUCCCAAAGAUAUUCAUCAAAUGUUGAAUUUCAAUGAGAAUUGUUAGAGCCAAUUUCGAGAUAGUGUUCAGGUUUGUUUGUUUCUAGCUCUUUUUGCAAUGUGCAACCUGAAAAGUCCACCUUUAACUUUUUACAUCCGUAAUUAUUUUCCAUGUUCUUGCAGAAUUGUUUUUUUUUUUUACGUUUGUACCCUCUACCCUGUAAUGAUUAAACUUCAAUAACAUGUUUGUUUGUUAUAAGAAAACGUUCACUUUUGGUAUAUAAUUAUAGGAGAAUACAUGUUCAUUUUAUAUAACACAAAUUAAAGUUUAUAAGACCAAAAAAUUUAAAAAUUUGAUCUAAUGGAGUCAAAUAUACGAGGAUAUCGUCAAUUCGGAGAUAAAGAGUUAAGAAUUCGAUGACUGUUUCCUAAGAGCAAUAAUUUUACUCUGCCCUAAUACCCUCUUCCCCACUAAAAAAAUCCAUUUUGAGUGCCGAUAUACUAAGUUCAAAUGAUGUUUUGUAAAAUGUUUGUUUUACAUGUUUCGGAUGUUCCUUCAGAGUUGAAGAUAAUUACUUCCUAGUCCAAACCUCCCGCAGGACGACGGGGGAUUGGAGCGGGCAGGGUUUGAACCCGGGACCAUCGAUAAAUCUGAACGACAGUCCAGCGUGCAAACCGCACCACCAGGCAGCCAUCAUGACCAAUAGAUCCAGACUUACAAGGCUGUGCGUAAUAUGUUCCAGAAGUCUAAUUAUUCAACUCUUUAAUGAAUAGGGACUUGAUGAGGAAAUACCCGCUGACCUGUCUGUUCAAGACCAAAUUUAAUUUUGAUGAAUAUCUUUGGAAUAGUCUAAUUUUUUAAAAAGACAUUUUUUUUUAUGUCAUUGUUUUUUUUUUUGCAAAAGGUAUACAUAAACUGCCAAAUUUAUAGAAAAAUCAUUAAAACUAUUUAUUUAAUCCAUGCCCUCCCAUGAAGAGUUUGCAAGGUAAUUGGUGGAAUUGAGGCAACAGGGAGACACAUACAUCAAUAUGCAAUAAAAUAAAGACCUUUUGAACGUCUUUUAACAUAGAGUUUAGUGAAAACGGCGAAUGUUUAAAUCUUUUAAUAUCAAGAACCUAAUGAACAAACCUAACAAUAGCAAUCUUAUCUUGUAAAAUACAGACGUUACUUCAUAAAGAGAAGAUGAUUACGUCCUACACGUGUUCUUAGGUCAAUCAUGCCAUGCAUUUAAUUCUGCCAAGUCACUACUUUUCCUGGCUGACUCAGGCAACCCAUUCCUUGCCUUAAUAGCACUAGGGAAGAAAAAGCAUUUGUACAAAUUUGUCCUAGCAUAUGGAAUGAGAAAUGUGCCUUUAUCUUUGUGACUUGGCUAUUUUAUUAAAUUUUGUUUUUGUAUUUGAAGAUUAUGGUUCAGUGUUUUAUGUAUAAUUGCUAGGUUAGUUUUAAGUCUUCUAUCCUGAAGGCUUUCUAAAUUUGUGAUUUUACAGAAGUUUGGAAAGGAGGAGGGUUGAGAAUGAGCCUUUUAACAGUAGAAUCUUCCAAAUUGAACUAUGCCGUUAAUGUCAAUGCUCAAAUGGUGUUGUUGUUGUUGUUGUUUUUUUACACGAAAUAAAGUAAUUUAAUAUAUAAAAAUUGUUUUUGAGAAUGUUCUUAUCAUAUUGUUAAAUAUACUUUUGUAGAAUUCAAACUUAAAAUUUGAAAUUUUCUACUUAACAAUUAGUUUAAUAAGAAAAAACAUCUCGCUAUUAGUUUUGUGUGGUCUACCAACCCAUCCGUCCGUAAAUCUCAGACUUUAUUAAUUAACGAAAAAUGAUUAUGUUGAGUAUUUUAUUUAAUUUAAUAUGCCUCAACAGUCUUGU